CCUCAGUACUAAUUCACAAUGAAGUCGUUCAAGUGUUUGACGUAUUUCAUCGUCAUUGCAUUAACAAACGCUAAUGAAGAAAUUACUGUUGACUUGUCUCAGGGCACGCUCAAAGGUCUCAAAACCACGACGGUUCUAAGCGGCAAACCUUACUGCAGUUUUAAAGGAAUUCCAUAUGCCAAACCACCUAUAGGACAGCAUAAAUUUGAUCCACCUGUUGCGCCAGACCCAUGGAUUGGUGUACUUGAUGCAACGAAUCAUCGACAAACUUGUGUAUUCUUCUGUAUGAUGAAACAAGGAAUAGUUGGCGACGAGGAUUGUUUGUAUUUGAACGUAUAUACUCCCGAUGUCAAUAAAGAUGCGAAACGGGCUGUCAUGAUAUUCAUUCAUCCUGGGGGUUUCAAUGCUGGUUCUGGGGACGAUGAUGUAUAUGGUCCUGAUUUUCUGAUCGAACAAGACGUUGUUGUAGUGACAUUCAAUUCAAGGCUUGGCGCUCCUGGCUUUUUAAGUACCGGUGACGCAAAUGCUCCAGGAAAUGCUGGUAUGAAAGAUCAAGUUAUGGUUUUAAAAUGGGUAAAGGAAAACAUCAAAAAUUUUGGUGGAUGUCCGAACCGAGUUACUAUUUUUGGAGAAAGUUCUGGCUCUGCAUCGGUGCAAUUCCAUAUGAUGUCUCCGAUGUCUCGUGGUUUAUUCAAAAGAGCAAUUAUGCAAAGUGGAUCUGCACUAAAUCCUUUUGCUCUAAUAUACAAUCCAAAAGAUAUGGCUUUUAAGCUAGGAGAAACUCUUGGAAUAAAAACUACUGAUACUAAAGAAUUGGUGGACAAACUUAGAGAGCUGUCUGUUCAAGAUAUUGUAACGGCAAGUCAAGAAGUUGCUAAGACAAUGAACCAUAUGAACGGACACAUGGGUGCUUUCACUCCUGUGGUAGAACCCGAUGUAGGACAAGAUAUAUUUUUAACCAAUGAUCCAUGGACACUAGUUAAAAAAGAUGAUAUUGCUGAUGUUCCACUAAUGAUUGGUGUGGCUCUCGAUGAGACUGCUUUUAUAACUCCAAUGUUUUUGCCCAAUGCAGAAAUGAUGGAUCAACAUUUUGACAUGUUUAUACCCGAUGAUUUGAAUGUUACCGAUGCAAAACGAAAAGAAAUGAGCGACAUGUUACGCAAAUUCUACUUUGAUGGCAAAGCUCUCACUGCCGAUGCAAAAGCACAAUUUACCAUGAUGACGAGUGAUAUAUUCUUCGAUGCCGGCAUUCUGAUGUCUUCUAGGAUCAUCGGCUCCCGAGACAAAUCUCCAGUUUAUGAAUAUCUAUUUUCACACUAUUCCCCGGUCGGAAUCGUGAAAAAUUUAUUCAAAACUGAAGAAGGAGUUUCCCAUGGUGACGAUAUUGGAUAUCUAUUUUAUUCAAACGCUCUUAAGAACAAGCCUGAAACCGGUUCCCCAGCCGAAAAAAUCAUAAAAAUAAUGACAAAAUUAUGGACCAAUUUCGCGAAAGAAGGAAACCCAACACCGAACACUGAUGAAGACUUCACUGUUGCUUGGACUCCCAUAGGUUCAGAUGAUAAUUAUCUAGAAAUUAAUCAACCACUUAAAAUGGAAAAAGGCUUAUUUAAAGAGCGCAUAACCCUGUGGGCUCAACUCUACAAUGAUGUGCUGGGAGAUUAUGCAAAGUUAUUUAAAUAAGUUAUAAGAAGUACGCUUCUAUCAAUUUUUAAAUGUACUCAUUCUAUUACUAUAUGCUUUUCUACGUGUACGUAGCUGAUGACGGUGAAUACCAUGUGCUACUUUUCUAAAUUUGUAUCCAAUUGACGAGUGACCCUUGGAAUUGAUGUAAUCUCGCGUUAUCGAAUAAAGGCGAACGUUUGCAAGUGAACAA